UCUCAACCACGGAUCCCAAAGAUGAACAUAUCAGAACUUUAUCUGCGGUUGAUUGAGGGUUAGUUCUAUACAGCCCCGGAGAUGGUUUCUCCUACAUCCACAUCUGGUUCGGAUAUAGGACUUCAACUUCAGCAGUUGAGCUACACACACAUUCACGUCGAGUCUUUGUUAUACUCGCCCCCAUAACAUAGCCCUCACAUCAACCCUAUACCAUAUAAACCAACGUCUUCAUGGCACCCAACUCAUUCCCAAACCAGAUAAUGACCCAACUACCACCACCAUGAACAUCACCACCACCACAACAACAGAACCCUCCGCCUCCUCCACCCUCCCCCAACCCGACAUCUACACAGCAAUAUCCCUCCUCUCCAUCUCCACCUUCACCUGUCUCCUCCUGUACUACCUCAUCUUCGACCUCUCCUUCUUCCCCCCAAACCCAUUAAAAGCACCAACCACAACCACCCUCCUUACCACAAUAACAACCACAACAACAACAACCCUCCUCUCCACCACCUUCACCAUCCUCCUCCUCUUCAACCUCCCCCCCAACAACCCCGCCGUCCGAAUAACCUCCGCCAUCCUCCUCGUCCUAACCACCACCACCUCCAGCAUAUCCAACACCCUCCUGCUCUACUUCUCCCUCCCCCUAAUAACCAUUUACCAAAAGCCCUACUUCCACCUGAAAGCCCAACAACGGAUCCUCCUCUGUGGCAUAAUCGCCUCCAUCCUCCUCUUCCAACUCCCCCACGUCAUCGUCGCCCCGGGUGCAGCCACCCUAUACAAGAACGGCCACUGGUCGCACGCCGUCACAAUCCUCGAGCGCAUCUCAGUGACAGCGUACUGCGGGAGGGAGAUACUUCUCCUGGGGUGUUAUGCCUGGGGUGUGGUGAGGUAUCUUCGGCCUGCUAUACACGACCAUUACCAGCAGUACCACCACCAGUAUCAACCCCAUACGGGACAUGGGAAGGGGACACAGCUCCUCUACACCCUCCUAAUGGCCGGCUGCGUCUCGCUCAUCCUCAACAUAGCCAACAUCGUGGCCGUGUAUGUGGUUCACACCGCCGCGGCGAUGGCUUUCUUCCCCUUCGUGGUUAGUACGAAGGUGCUGGUUGAGGGGGUUGCGGUGGGGAGGCUUGUGGGGUUUGUUGAUACUUCCCUUCAGUACUAUCAGCAGAAUAGUAUAUAUUCGGUUACUGGGUGUGGGAGUCAGUCGAGGAGGGGGAGUGCGCAGCCGCUUAUUAUGCAGAGGGGUUCUGUGGCGAUGAUGUCUGGGGGGUUGGGGAGUGGCGUUGGGAUUGGUGAGGGUAAGGUUGGUGGUGGUGGUGGUGAAGGGGAAGGAAGUCCCGGGGGUACUUGGGGGAGGGAAAAGGAGCAGUGGUGGUAUAGGAGCAGGAUGGGAUCGGUUGAUACGGUGGUGUCUGUGGCGGAGCCGCCGGUGGCUCAUUCGGCGGAGCAUUUGGUGCAGGAGGUGGUGGUGGAUUUAGAGGGUGGUGCUGGUGUUGGCGUUAGUCGGCGGACGUCGGUUGUAUAAAUGGGUGGGAUAAGUUAUUGGGGGUAUGAUUAUC